AUGAUUUUGUAUUCCGUCCAAUUUCUGCUGAGGCCAAGCUUCUUAUGAAUCCUCGAUCUGACAUUGAUUUCUCAACUCCAAAAAUGGAUCUAGAUAUAAAUAUAAAGGACGUAGCUGUUGAAUUCAAUAAGCCACAGUACUUCAGUGUCAUGGAACUUCUUGAAUCUAUUGAUAUGAUGACUCGAAAUUUGCCGUAUAGGAAGUACAGGCCUGAUGUUCCAUUGCACAACAAUGCCAAGAUAUGGUGGAAAUACGUUAUUUAUGGCAUCCUUGAAGUAAAUGUUCAACGUAAGCUCCAAAUGUGGUCGUGGGAACAUAUUCGGCAUCAUAGGAAUCAAGUGAAGAACUACAAGGAGUUGUAUAGAACAAAGAUAAUAUCAAAAAAGCCUAAUGAAGAAAUCUUAAAAUCUUUGGAGGAAUUUGAAAAGGUCCUGGAUAUUUUUAACAUCACGCUUGCAAGGCAACAAGCAGAAGUUGAGGUAAAAUUUCAUCAUUUAAUCAAGUUGAAGAACAUCAACAAUAUAAGAUUGUGUGUAUAUAUUAGGCAGAUGCAUUUUAGUUCUGAUGUUUGAAUUAUGCUCAUACAG